AUGAUAAAUAUAUAUAAUACAGAACAUAAAAACGAAGAAGAAACAAAUAGCACAAUAAUGCACACAACACAAAUAGAACCACCGAAGAGGAACUCCGGGAGUGAGAGGUCCCCUUCACAAACAGUAGCACCGAGCAGUUGUACGACAAAAGGUGCACUAACAAUGACAGAGUUGCAACCAAACAAUGGAGAAUCAGAAACCGCUCCCACUGAAAAUGUCACCACAGCACGGCGAAACAAAAAAUCGCAGCACAGACUGAUAUUACCAGCAGUGGCUACAGGCGAGUCCGUACUUACCAUAAGUGAAUUAAUUGAACGCUUAGGAAAAGAAAUAGAUGGACUAAUACAAUAUGUCGAACCACGCCGCAAUGUUCACGGGGAUAUCAGGAAAAUGUGCAGCAUAAUCAAACGCACCCACACGGAGCUUAGUACGGAGCUAGAUUCCGAAAGAAGAAAAUCCAGACCAACCGAUGGUCUAAAACAGUUACGCAAGCUACCAGCAACAGUGACUGAAACGAUAGAAAUACCACCAAAAAAAAGAAAGAGAGUGGACUUAAGCCCUAAAGGCUCGGAGCAGGAACGCAAUACGCCCACUGCCAUGAAAACAAAAGCUGACACAGUUUCUCUGCAGAUGCCGUCUGACAAAUGGACAAAAGUCGAGAAAAAAGAAAAAUCGUCGAAAGUCAAAAAUAAGAUAAGAUCUAUAAGACCUAAAGCAGAUGCAAUUCUUAUAGAAAAAAAGGUGGAUGGUACGACAUAUGCGGACAUACUAAAGAAAGUGAAAGACAGUGGAGAGGCUCAAAGCUCUGAGCGAAAAUACGAAGAAUUACUUGAUGCAAUCGGUGAGCAAGCGCAGGUAAAAAAACCGGACAAAUCAUCCAUAAGGAGUAAACGUACCACCUAUGCAGGCACACAAUCUGCAUAUGUGUCAUUGCCUGCGGAUGAUGCCAAAAAGUUGUUAGCACUUGGACACAUUAAGGUGGGAUGGGUUCGAUGCCGAAUAACGGAGGUUAUAUCGCCAAAAAGAUGCUACAAAUGUUGGGCGUAUGAUCACAUAGCAGCCGCUUGUAAAGCACCGGAUCGGACGAAACUCUGCAGACGGUGCGGUAAGGAAGGUCACCAGGCUGCAAACUGUACAAAUACUGAAAAAUGCGUGUUAUGUGAAGGACCGCAUGCGGCUGGCAGCGCAAAAUGUCCGCGAUAUCAAGAAGCAGUGCAUAGGAAAAAGACAUGA